AUGCCACUCACAAUCAUCUCCCGAACACAGCUUCGGCAGCUGCUGCUCUCUCUGACCCGAGACGAAGUGGUGGAGCUGCAACAGAAUCUGUCCGAGGCACUCCGUGAGUACUCGACGGGCUCGCAGGACAAUGGCUGCGCGGCCACGUACCAACCGCAGCGCACAGCGAUUACUCGCUCAAAUGGGUGCACCACGAUCUUCAUGCCAGCGACGACCGGUGAUACGCUUGGCAUCAAGAUGAUCUCUCUGCAAGAUGGCGCAGGACCGGGGUGUGCCGUUGCGCGAGGCAGACUCGAUCCAAAUGAAAGCGGCUCAGUGUCGUCUAGCUCUCGUCGGGAUUCGAUCCGGCAUUCGGACGAGGACUCGAUCAACACGCCCGCCACCAGUACCACCUCAAGUAGCGUCAAGGAAGAGAGUCUGGAUGAAAAAUACCUUCCGAGUGGAUGCGUGAACGCACAGCGGGUGGUGGGCUCCGUUUCAUCGACGAUGGGAGCCUGGCCCAGUCGCGGAGCGCGAGACACCACCCCUCGAGGCAGCCUCACCCUUCUCGACGCCGAGUCCCUCCCCUUUGGACUGAUCAACGCGUACGAGCUGACAGCCUUCCGUACGGCCCUCGCUUCUCUCAUGCUGUUCAACAAGCGGAAGAAGGUCAAGACUUUGCUGGUCUUUGGAGCGGGCACCCAAGCUUACUGGCAUAUUCGACUCGCGCUGAUCCUGCGCGGAGAUGAAAUUCGCCGCGUAUACAUUGUCAAUCGGUCGUUUGAGCGCGCCGCGGAAUUGCUCCGUGAUAUCUACCUGCCCGAGAACACGGCCUGGCGCCGGGACGUCAAAUUCUCCGCUGUCAGUAGCGAUUUCGGCGAAUACCACCGGAUCUUGAAAGCGCAAGUUCGCAAGGCCGAUGCGAUCUUCUGCUGCACACCCUCGGUGGAUCCUCUCUUCCCUGCGGAGCAUCUGACCGCUCGCGAGGGACGCCAGAAGGGUCGAUUCAUCUGCGCCGUGGGCUCCUACAAGAGCCAUAUGACUGAGAUCCAUCCGGACAUUCUCCGCGACGAGGUGACUGUGACCCCACCCCAUCGUCACUUUCACAAGCACACCAAGCGCAGUGGCGUAGUCGUUGUGGAUAGUUUGGAUGCUUCUCUGAGAGAGGCGGGUGAGAUCACCCAGGCCGAUAUUCAGCCACAUCAGGUCGUCGAGCUCGGGGAACUGAUGAUGGUCCGCCACGCGACUCAACAUGCAGGCGAGGGCGCCCAUCUCGAAGACACAAAAAGUCUCCGCGAAUGGAUCGAACGGGGCAAUCUCAUCUACAAGAGCGUCGGGCUCGGUCUGAUGGAUCUCGUCACGGGUGGUGAUCUUGUGCGUCUUGCUCGCGCGCGCGGCGUGGGCACGACUGUGGAUGAUUUCUAG